AUGGGAGGAAGAAACGCCAUAGACACGAUUGCAAUUGAGGCUUCAUCGGGGCUCGUCUACGAUCUUGACAACUCCGGAUUCGACCUUGAAACGAAGUCGAGGGCGCUCCUGGGUUUGACGACGGACUUUGACGUUUUAUUCUGUGGGCUUGAGGGUUCGGGGUAUGAGUUUGUUUUUGCGGAACGUGCACGGGUUCGGAUUGAGCUUCAAACUCACCUCGACGGGGGGAAGAACCUGGCUGAUAUGGAUGAGGCUGAGUACGGAUAUACGUGCACCUGUGCGGUGUUUCGGGCGAGGGCUGAUGUGGCUUGUCAACAUAUUUUCUGGCUUCUCGAUCAGCUCCGGGGUCAACUCAACUCCGCCUCUCCUCCUUCCCCAAUUCUACUCACCAGCGAUGGACACACGCAGGGAUUUUCAAGGAUCGAACAGCUUCUCUCCAAAGCUACGAAUGCUAUGGCACUACAAGAUCUUGCGGAGCAACUCAACUGGCCAUAUUUCCGUUCCGCGGGGAGAGAAGGUGGUAUGAAUCGGGCGCAGAGGGUACGGGACAUUCUCUCAGCAUUUAGCACCGAUGUCCUCCCCGACAGGUUCCGGAUAGAUUUGACAGAGCCCGAAGACGGGAAUGGCCGUGCUCUGCAGAUAAGAACACCAGAGCAGUGCGUCGUGCAGGGAGACUUCGAGGCGACGCUCUUCCGCCUCGCCGUGCAUGAUGAUAACGUGUUCACGAGUCUCUCCAAGGCCAUGCCCCCGGGUGCCUGCGCGGCGAUCUACUUUGACAAAGUGCUUGAGAGGUCUAGAAGAGCACUAUCUAAAUUCGACAGGUACUGUCAGACAUUUGGGCAAUCCAAGAACGCCGACGGUGACCCUUCAGCAUGUUUGGCUGCUGUCCUUGAAACCCUACAGACGGACACCCUCAAUAUCCACAAAAACAUUCACGUCCGAGCACCGCACGGCCUCCAAGGUGCUGCCAAAGCCCUUACCUCCAUUUUAGAAGAAAUAACCACCCGCGACAAAGAUUCUCUUGCUGAUAACCCAUACGGCCAGACUGCGUUUUUUGACGAAGACGAAGACUCGCGGAACCUAUACCACCAGCUCGUCGGGAAGACGGACAACGACAACAACGUAGGCGAGCAUUUCAUCCUUGAUGCUUUGGAAGAUCUAGCCGGUGAGGAUUUAUACCCAUUCAAAGAGAGACUGGAGGCGGUUUUACAUAGGGUUGAGGUCGGCCGAGCGCCGAAGGGAUUCAUCUUGAAGCUGGCCGGGAUCGUUCGCGCUGCAAAGAUAGGUAUCACUAGGAAGCGCGCUACCAGGGCUGGGGAUGGAGAGAGGGAUGUUGAGAGGGGUUGGAAGAGGAUGAGAUGA